AUGAAGGAGUUCAUCUUUCUCCUGCUGGUGGUGACGGAGGCGUCCUCCAGGUUUCACGACUGUCGAGGAGAUCUCAAGUUCACCAUCUGCUCUCUGGCUCUCUUCACUCAGCUGCCCAGCAGAGUGGCCCCCAGCACCGAGCUGCUCGACCUGUCCGACAACCACAUCUCCGUCAUCCCCAAACACUCCUUCAGCAAGAACCGCAGACUCAGAGUCCUGUUGCUGCAGAACAACAACAUCAGUGUGGUGGAGGACGGCGCUUUCUCUCAGCUGGAGUUCUUGCAGAAACUGGACUUGAGCUGGAACCAGAUCUCCACCCUGACUGAGGGUUUCUCCAUCGGCCUGGCUUUGCUGCGGGAGCUGACGCUCGCCCACAACCGCCUGACCAGCCUGGACAGCCUGAGCUUCGUGCACCUGGACGGCCUGCAGAGGUUAAACCUGACCAGCAACGCCAUCUCCACCAUCCAGGUGAGGUCGUUCUCCUCCAUGAGCACGCUGCGGCAGCUCCACCUGGAGGACAACCAGCUGACAUUUCUGCGGAGCGGCAUCUUCUCCAUGCUGCGCUCCCUGGAGGUCCUCAACCUGGCCGGAAAUCAGAUCAGCGAGAUGGAAGAGUCUGUCUUCAAGCCGCUCGUCAGCAUGACUCUGCUCAACCUGGCCGACAACCAGCUGGCCACCAUCUCCUUCAAGACGUUCCAGAACAUCCACACCUACAGCACCCACAUCCUGCUGGAGGGGAACUCCUGGAACUGCGACUGCGACCUGCAGAGACUCUUCCGGAAGCUGCGCAGCAUCCAGAGGCUCUUCCUGGACGACUACUACAACCUCACCUGCAAGGCGCCGCCUGUCCUCCGUGACUACCGGCUGAUGGAGGUGGACACGGAGCUGUGCAUUGCCGAGACGGUCACCGUGCUCAUCAUCACCGCCACCGUGGUGGUCACCGUGCUGGCCGCCAUGUUGAUGGGCGAGAGGAAGAGGAAGAAGAAGAAGAAGGGGAAGCACUGGACGCAGCAGGGAGAGCUUUCAGAUGAGUCGGACUACUGAAACACAUCCUCCUCUUCCUCCUCUGAAACAUAUCACACUUUCUUUCUGUCCUUUUUAUUCUCCUUAUUUUAAGGAACUCGGUUGUUACUUAAUUCCCAUUCGAACAUCUGCACGCCUGGAAAGAGAUUUGGGAUUCUGCCGUUCAUUUUGUCGGAUUUCCACUGGAAGGAUUUCCCAUCUGCUUCGCACCAAAAAGCCUCGAAAAGCUUUCUGUAAAACACAACAUCUGCUUCAUGAUAAACACUUUUAGAUUUUUUUGAAUUGCAUCACAUUUGUCAAGAUUUAAUCCCCUAAUUUUACUCGUACCUGAAUAAAAAAGGGUUAUUUUCUCAUCUAAAACAUUUGGACGGCAAAAAUUAUUUUUAUGAGUGAAUGAGAUGAAGUUGAAGCGGUGGUUGUGGGUUGUUAAUGUUCCUCUAAACAUGGAAAAGCAUUAAAUGGGAUGUUGUGACAUUCAAUUGUAUAAAGUUUCUCAUUUAAGACAAAUGUUUUCCCAUAUUUUCAUAUUUUCCAGUAGAAAAUGUUUUUCAGUACAGAGCACGUCAGCAGUUUACACUGAAGUCUACAGCAACCCCUGCAGGUAAAACGAUUUAUUGCACCGAAAAUCAUGAUAUGACUAUUAAUUUUCCUGUAGCACCAGAUG